AUGAACUCCACAUCGGUACCCAUGGCCGAGAUUGGAACGAACAGCACAGCCAAGUACACCAAGUGGUCAUUUCUCCCUCGUUUUUUGUAUUUGCAGUUUAGCAAAACAGCCAAUGCUUUCUUCUUGUUCAUAUCUAUCUUGCAGCAAAUUCCAGAUGUGUCUCCAACCGGAAGAUAUACAACUGUGUUGCCUUUGAUGGUGAUUCUUAUAAUUUCAGGCAUCAAAGAGAUUAUAGAAGACUAUAAAAGACAUAUGGCGGACAGAAUAAUUAACACAAAGACAACAACAGUAUUACGACAGAAGAAAUGGCAGAUAUGCAGGUGGGAAAAGGUAGAAGUCGGAGACAUUGUGAAGGUCACAAAUGAGCAGUUCCUUCCAGCAGACAUAGUUGUGAUUUCUUCCAGUGAACCUCAGUCAACUUGUUAUGUUGCAACAUCUAAUCUAGAUGGAGAGACAAAUCUAAAAAUACGACAGGCUGUGCUGGAGAUAGCUAAAAUGCAUACAGAAAAACAAUUGUCAAGUUUAUCUGGAAGAAUAGAAUGUGAAGUACCAAACUGUCAUUUAAAUAGCUUCGUUGGAACCUUGUUCCUGAAAGACAAAAUUCCUAUUCCAGUUGGGCCUAACCAGAUUUUGCUAAGAGGCACACAGCUAAAAAACACUCAGUGGAUCACUGGUAUAGUUGUUUACACUGGAUUUGAAACAAAAUUCAUGCAGAAUCUUGUCAAAUUUCCUCUCAAGAGAUCAACAGUUGAGAAAGUGACUAAUGUACAGAUUGUGGUGUUGUUCGUGCUGCUCUUGGUCCUGUCUGUGGUUAGCUGUGUGGGAGCCAUGAUCUGGAGAAGCCAGGCUGGAUCAGGUGUUUGGUACCUCUGGAAGAAAGACGUCAAGAAUCAUGGCUUUGCAUUUGACUUACUGGUAUUUAUUAUCUUGUACCACAAUCUCAUCCCCAUCAGUCUACUGGUCACUUUGGAAGCUGUGAAAUAUAUGCAGGCCCAGUUUAUAAACUGGGAUGAAGAUAUGUAUUAUAAAGAAAAUGAUGUCUAUGCUAUGGCCAGAACAUCCAGCCUUAAUGAAGAGCUUGGGCAGGUAAAAUACUUAUUUUCUGAUAAAACAGGAACACUCACUUGCAAUAUUAUGAUGUUUAAGAAGUGUACCAUUGCAGGUAUAAUUUAUGGAAAUCGGCCAUACCUAGAUGAUAUUGACUUACAAGACCUAAGUUAUUCACCUACUGACACUAAAGAAUUCUCUGAGUUUAAUGACCCAACAUUGUUGGAAAACUUUGAGAGUAACCAUCCUACAAGUGAAUAUAUAAAGGAAUUCCUCACCUUGUUAAGUGUAUGCCACACAGUAAUUCCUGAGAAAGAUGGAGACAAUAUAACCUAUCAUGCUUCUUCCCCAGAUGAAGCUGCUUUAGUGAAAGGAGCCAGUAAGCUUGGCUUUGUCUUCGUUUCGAGAACACCGUAUUCUGUCACCAUAGAAGUUGUGAGUAAAAAUUUUACAUUUGAAAUUCUCAAUGUUCUGGAAUUUUCCAGCAAUAGAAAAAGAAUGUCUGUAAUUGUCCGAACUCCUUUAGGAACUAUUCGGCUCUACUGCAAAGGAGCUGAUACAGUGAUUUAUGAACGACUUUCAAAAGAUUCUCUCUUUGUGAAUGAGACAUUAACACAUCUGGAAUGUUUUGCUAGAGAAGGCUUGAGAACUCUUUGUAUUGCAUAUACAGAUUUAUCUGAGGAAGAAUACCAGAAUUGGUUGGUGGAGUAUCGCAAAGCUAGUACAAUUGUAGAAAACAGGACUAAACAUUUGGAAGAUUGCUAUGAAGCUAUUGAAAAGCAAUUUCUGCUGCUUGGUGCAACAGCCAUUCAUGAUCACCUUCAAGACCAUGUUCCAGAAACAAUAACAACUUUACUGAAGGCAAACAUAAGAAUAUGGGUCUUGACAGGAGAUAAACAAGAAACUGCAAUUAACAUAGCAUUUGCUUGCAAAUUGAUUACAACUCAUAUGCCUCGUAUAGAAUUGAAUACAAAUACACUUGAGGCAACACAAAAAGAAAUUAACCAAAACUGUGAAGAUCUUGGGAAAUAUUUGGGUAAAGAAAAUGAUCUGGUCCUCAUCAUUGAUGGUGCAACGUUGAAGCAUGCCCUUCAUCUAAAAGUUAUGAAAAACUUCCUCAAGUUGGCUAUGUCAUGUAGAACAGUGUUGUGCUGUAGGUUUUCUCCCCUGCAGAAGGCUGAAAUAGUGACCUUGAUUAAGAAACAUGUAAGGGCUAUCACUCUUGCCAUUGGAGAUGGUGCCAAUGAUGUUGGCAUGAUUAAGACAGCCCAUGUGGGUGUGGGAAUCAGUGGGAAUGAGGGCAUGCAGGCGACCAACAGCUCAGAUUUUGCCAUCGCACAGUUUAGGUAUUUGGAGAAGCUUUUGAUGGUUCAUGGAGUUUGGAACUAUUUCCGUGUGACCAAAUGCAUACUAUAUAGUUUCUACAAGAACAUUGUGUUAUAUAUUAUUGGGCUUUGGUUUAUCUUUGUCAGUGGAUUUUCUGGGCAGGCUCUGUUUGAACGCUGGUGCAUCAGCUUGUACAAUGUGGUUUUUACUUCAUUACCACCUUUGAGCCUGGGGAUCUUUGAAAAGUGUUGUAGUAUGAAGAAAUUGCUCAAGUAUCCACAACUCUACAAAAUGUCUCAGGAAGCACAAAUUUUCAAUACAAAGGUAUUUUGGUUUCAAUGUGCAUGUGCUUUGAUUGACUCAUUAAUUCUCUUCUGGUUUCCCACAAAAACAAUGGAGUAUGGUAAUGACUUAACUGUUUCAAAUAUUCAGAAAACAGGCUAUUUAUUUCUUGGAAAUACCAUUUAUACGUAUGUAGUUAUUACUGUUUGUCUAAAAGCUGGUCUAGACACACUGUCUUGGAAUAAAUUUACUCAUUUCGCAAUUUGGGGAAGCAUACUACUUUGGUUUGUGUUUUUUGUAAUUUACUCUUUUUUCUGGUCCAACAUUCCUCUUGCUCCUGAUAUGACAAGACAGAACUUUGCUUUUAGCUCUUUGAAUUUAGUCCACUAUUUUCUAGCCUCCAGUGUCUCAGAUGGGAAACUUGCUUGUGAAUCUUAUUAA